UUCUCUGGCAGAAGCGCUUUUGCCGCGGACGAUGUAACGUUACCUUAUUAUUUAACAAUGCGAAACGCGAUGUUUUUAAAUAAAUAACUAACGAGUAAAUUUAAUCGUCUUCUCUUCUAAAAUUGCCAGUGAGUAUCUGUCGGAUUUUUUAACAGAAUAAGAGGACUAUGCCCGGAAACACCUUCUACUGGAAUUCGCCCGAUUUCGAAAGCGACGAGUCACUCCCAAGCAACUUCCCAAAAACAUCAUACGUCGACCCUUGGGAUUUGGAAAACUACGCGUACAUUCGCGAGCAUUUGGACUCGCUCGAGGUGAACUCCGACACGAGCAGCUUUGGAGAACCAGUCGAAGCCAGUUCAUUUUAUUACGCGCCCUUAAAGCAAGAUGCCGCGAAAAAUUUCGAUUCUCUCAUCGACUCGGAAUACGGCACGGCGAAGUACGCCGAAAUUGAGGAGAUCUACGACACGGAUGCCGACAAAAGAGUGUACGGAAUCCCGAGCAUGGGAUUAAACUACGAAGACAGAUUUUUCGGAACGAAAAGCAAAAGAAGCUCGUCGACCACUGCCCACGACCACUUAAACCAACCGAAAAUUCCCGUACGAAGAAGAAUGAGUUACAGCUUCGGAGACCACGGUCGCAGCAGAGAUAACGCACCUCAAUUAGUCUACCAUUCGACGGAUGAUAAACAAAAAUUGAAGAAAUCGCCAAUGUCCGAAGAACGCUUCCAUCCGAACAAUUUUGGCCUAAGCACUUACGGUCACUUGAAGAUCGACUACUCGUUCAGUUGGGAUAAUCUGAACAGAUACAUUUCUAACUAGUCAUAUUCUUCUUUUUUUUUUUAAUUGUACUGUAUUUGGUAUUUCUGCUACAAUGUAGUGGUGAUAAGGAUCUACAUUAUUUAUUAGUAUCUAAUCUAAUAAAUGUAUUAAUAAGUAAA